CCGGGAGACUCGGCCCCACCUCUGCGCCGGGCAGCUUAAAGGGACCACGACCCCCAGGAGGAUUGAAGGAGACCGGUGGGGACGGGGCGGGGCGCAGCCUUGCGGAGCCCUAACGCAGCGCUGGGGAGGGGGGCGGCCGAAAAGGGGGCGGUGGUCAGGCCGCGCAAGCGGAGAUGGAAUGGGGCCCGGGCUCAGACUGGUCACGGGGGGAGGCUGCCGGCGUGGACCGCGGGAAGGCGGGGCUGGGGCUCGGCGGGAGGCCACCCCCGCAGCCGCCCCGGGAGGAGCGCGCCCAGCAGCUGCUGGACGCGGUGGAGCAGCGGCAGCGGCAGCUCCUGGACACCAUCGCAGCCUGCGAGGAGAUGUUACGGCAGCUGGGCCGCCGGCGCCCGGAGCCGGCUGGUGGCGGGAACGUCUCAGCCAAACCUGGAGCGCCCCCCCAGCCGGCUGUCUCCGCCAGAGGCGGCUUUCCAAAGGAUGCUGGCGAUGGAGCUGCGGAGCCCUGACCAUCCCCGAGCAGAAUAUCCUGACUUCUCUCCCUCCCCAGGGCCGGUGGCAGGACUCUGAACAACUCCCUUCAGUAAAGGGGCCAGUCUUCACUGGCAGUGGCUGGUACUUGGCUCUCAGCCUGGAGUGGCAGCUCUGCUAGCAGCUGGGUUCACUCCCACUUCAUCCUGGCUGAAAGCAGUGCUGUGCUUUGAAAUGCAGCCAAUGAAUACCCAACCUGAUUACCCAGAUUUGGGCAGACCAGCAGUGCUCGCCAGAGUGGUCUGGCCUACUGUGGGGGAUCCAGGUGGUGUUACAUGUCCAUUUCAUGCUUUGGGGGCUUUUAGCCCCACAAAACACCUUCAGCAGAGCCUUGAUUAAAAGGAAACCUGCAGACUCUC